CUUCUGCAGGCUCCAUCAGCCAUACACGGGAUGGAAGAGUGACUAUUAAAAGCAUGUGCAUUUGGAACAGAUGGGAGAAAGGUGGUGUGCUUUUUUCUACACACGUGCGAGAGGACUAAACACACCUACAUUCAAGGAUGCCUUCAGCCCACCUUAAUUCUGCCUCCCAUUGGAAUAUGUCUGUUCUUUGCCGUCUGCUUCUCCGGGCAGAGAAGAGGCACUGGGAUGCAUAUGGUGGAUGGAGGUGUUAUUCCCAAGAACGUAAGCCUGAUCUUAAUGAGCGAGUGGCUAAAAUGGACCAUUUAAAGAAUAAGGCACAGAGACAGAAGCGGCUGUGGAAGAAGAUGGAGGCUAUUGAAGCUCAGAUGGCUGCUGGGCCCAAAGAACCUUCAAGCCAAGGCAAGACCUUUUCCUUGAAAAACAUUGUGGAAUAUGACAUCCCAACUAUAGCUGGACAGAAAAAAGAUACCUCAGCACCUUUGCCGGCCUCCUAUAGUCCACGCUAUGUUGAAGCUGCUUGGUAUCCUUGGUGGGUGAGAGAAGGAUUUUUUAAACCAGAAUGCCAGGAACGCCUACCCCAUCGGAAGCCAGAAUCGUUUUCCCUCUCCCUCCCACCGCCUAAUGUCACGGGGUCCCUUCACCUGGGGCACGCCUUGACUGUGGCUAUUGAAGACACUUUGGUACGAUGGAGACGAAUGCAAGGAUAUCGAGUUCUCUGGGUUCCAGGUUCUGACCAUGCUGGAAUUGCAACUCAGGCUGUGGUAGAAAAAAAGAUCUGGAAAGAACGGGGGGUUCUGCGACAAGAUCUCCCACGUGAUGAAUUUCUUCAGGAAGUCUGGAAGUGGAUUGAGGAAAAAGGGAAUGAAAUAUUCCAACAGCUGAAGGAGAUGGGAGCAUCCUUGGACUGGGAUAGAGCCUGCUUCACUAUGGAUUCUCAUUUCUCUCAAGCUGUGACUGAGGCUUUUGUGCAACUUCAUGAACAAGGCCUGAUAUAUCGUGACAAGCGCCUGGUGAACUGGUCUUGUGCCUUGCAAUCGGCCAUUUCUGACAUUGAGGUGGAGAACAAACAGCUUGAAGGACGGACAAAGCUUUCGGUGCCUGGACUUGAGGACCAAGUGCUGUUUGGGGUAUUGGAGACAUUUGCCUACAAAGUAGAAGGAGACGAAAGCAUGGAACUUCCUGUGUCUACCACCCGCCCCGAGACAAUGUUCGGCGAUGUGGCUGUCGCCAUUCACCCAGAAGACUCGCGCUACUUGCACUUGCAUGGCAAGAGGGUGUGCCACCCAUUCACCGGACGUCUCCUUCCUAUCAUUACGGAUCCAGCAGUGGAGCCACAGAUGGGCACAGGGGCUGUGAAAGUGACUCCAGCACACAACCACAUUGACUACAAACUGGCCCAGAGGCACAACUUGCCACUCAUUUCAGUUAUUGCAGAAAACGGUACGAUGACCGCAGAAUGCGGGGAAUGGGUGCAGGGGCUGCAUCGAUUCCAGGCUCGAGAGAAAGUGUUGGCUGCUUUGAAGGAGAGAGGUCUCUAUCGGGGCGCGAAAGACCAUUGCUUAGUUCUCCCUGUUUGCAGUCGCUCUGGAGAUGUGGUUGAAAUCCUCUUGAAGAACCAGUGGUUUGUCCGAAGUGAAGCCAUUGCUCAAAGUGCCUUAGAGGCUGUGGAAUCUGGAUCUUUGAAGCUCAUCCCCAAAUUUCAUGAGAAAAACUGGAGGACUUGGCUCUUGAAUACUGAUGACUGGUGUAUUUCUCGACAACUGUGGUGGGGUCAUCAGAUUCCAGCUUAUCAGGUCAUGCUUUCUGGGUCGCCUGACCUAGAAGAGCAGAAGGAGAGCGAUGGAUUAUGGGUAGUGGGCAGGACGGAAGCAGAAGCUCGGAGGAAAGCAGCCAGCAUCCUGGGAAAAUCUGAAGAACAGUUGGAGCUGGUGAGAGAUGCUGAUGUCUUAGAUACUUGGUUCUCCUCCAGCCUUUUCCCUUUUGCUGCUUUGGGCUGGCCCCAUAAGACAGAAGACCUCCGGCAAUUCUAUCCCAAUAACCUUUUGGAGACAGGGAACGAUCUUCUCUUCUUUUGGGUUGCCCGGAUGGUGAUGCUAGGAAAACAGCUAACCGGGGAACUGCCUUUCUCUCAGGUGUUCCUUCACUCAUUAAUUCAUGAUGCUCAUGGCAGGAAAAUGAGCAAAUCUCUUGGGAAUGUGAUUGACCCUUUGGAUGUUAUUCAUGGGGCCUCUUUGCAGGUCCUACAUCAGAAGCUGAAGGAUAGCAAUUUGAGUCCACAAGAGAUUGUCAUUGGAUCAGAAGGCCUGCUGCAAAAUUUUCCUCAAGGAAUUCCCGAAAGUGGCUCUGAUGCUCUCAGGUUUGCUCUCUGCCGUUAUGAUGCCCAUGGCACCAGUAUUAAUCUGGACAUGGCAGCCAUGGAGAAAGCCAGCCAUUUCUGCAAUAAGGUUUGGAAUGCCCUAAAGUUCAGUCUGGCGGCCCUGGGAGAAGGGUUUACCCCACUGGAUCCAGAGAAGGUCUUCCCCAGCUUUCCGAUGGACCAGUGGAUCUUCAGCCGCCUCUAUCACACGGCAGAAUAUUGUGCCCAGCACUUUGAGAAGUACAAGCUGCAUUCUGUGGCCAAUGCCAUUUAUCUUUUCUGGCUGCAAGAUUUUUGCAGUACCUAUCUGGAGUCUGUCAAACCCAUAUUGAGGAGUGGAGAUCCAGUUCGCCUCUUGUCUACUCAGCAGACCUUGCACAGUUGUGUAGACCUGGCUCUGCGCCUCCUGUCUCCCUUCAUGCCUUUCCUCACAGAGGAGCUGUGGCAGCGGCUUCCCAAGACAGACUUGGAGACUUCUCCUAGUAUCUGUGUGGCCAGAUACCCAGAUGCUGAACAUCUGAGACAUUGGUGUAAUCCUGAGGAAGAGGCCAACUUCUCGUUAGUGCAAGAAGUCAUCCAAACGGUACGCUCCAUGAGGGCAACUUACCAGCUAACCAAAGCUCGACCAACAGUGUAUCUGACUUGCUCAGAAAUAGCCCCCUGGGCUGCCUAUGAGAAGUAUCAGGAACCAUUGCAGACAUUGUGCUUGGCUGGAUCUGUGAAUCUUCUCCCCCAUUCUGAGGAAACAGAGUCACCUCUGAACUGCGUGGCUGUGACAGUAAGCCAUCAUACCAGCAUCUACAUGGAUCUGCAGGGGUUGGUGGAUCCCCACAAAGAACUCCUCAAACUGACAUCUCGACAACAGAAAUUAAAGCAGCAGCUGGCAAAUCUCACAGAAAGACUUCAGAAGCAAACCCCCUUAAAAGCCAAAUUGAAUCAUGAGCAAAAGAUUGCCUUGCUUCGUUCAGAGCUGGAGCACAUAGAAGAAGUGUUUGCCACCUUUCAGAAAAUGGCUAAACACCAGGAUGCUCAGCUGACUAAGGAGAACUAAUGGAUUUACCCUGUUCCAGAUAGCAAAAUUAACUCCAAAGCUGAGGAUGCUGAGCAUGAGAGCAGAUGCUGGAAGGUUCACGAGAAUUUAGGCAUCACCUUCUGUGAUGGAAAUCGAUCUGUAGAAUCAGAAACCUGGGGAUUUGGACACUUGGUGUCACCAGCCCAAUUUCAGAAGCAUCAAUGGACUAAUAUGCAUCAGCAGUCAUGGAGUUUCCAUGGAAGAGAUGUUUCCCUUUGCACUGCUCAAUAGCAUCUUUUGCUCCUUAUGGAAAUGUGAAUCAUAACAAGAAAUCCAUUUUCUUGCUACAAGAUUCAUUCUUUGGCCACAGCAUAGCCAGAUUUCUUGGAUGCUCCCAUGUAAAAUCUCAGCCCAGUAUAUUUCCUCUCCCCCUGCCCCAGAAAUAUGUUCACAUUGAGAGCAAAAUGUGUGAACCUGACUGUCCAUAGUCACAAGAAAUUCACAUAAUGAUGGAGGCUAAAAAGAUAUUACAACCAUCAUGGAGACAUCUGCCAUGAAACUUGUUCUCCAUAUGAAUGUAUUGCUUAUAAAUUGUUGGGGUAGAUUAAUUGGACAAGGAUAUGAAUAUUUGAAAUACAUCAUGGUUUAUUGCUCCAGUCCUCUAAUAAAGAGGAAAUGGUCAUUGUGUUUUUCCCCUAGGAAAUAAUUCCAUUAGCAGGGAUGAUCGAAAAGGGUAACUUCUUUGGCACUAUUGACUACACAGCUCAGACUGUUUCACUUGGGCUUGAAGUGUAAAAUAAUAUUGUUUGCCAUCCUAUUAAAAAGAUCUAUGUUUUUAACUC